AUGAACUGUAAUAAUUAUCGCAAUGUGUACGGUUAUGAUUAUCAUACAACUACAGAGUGGCGAUAUAACAGUGAACAGGAAAUCACAGCGGCAGAGGAACAACGAGAGUUGGCCCAAAGGUUGACACUGGAAGCUGAUCGGUUAUUCGGCCAGACUAAGGACUCUGUGAUGAAAAACAAGUUGGAUGUUGACCACAGGUCCAAGGUGAAAGUCAAAGACAUAGAGUACAAAUGUAGGGAAAUUGAAAAACAGAAAUACGAUCUGGAUGAAGAAAUCCGUUUGCUGUUAGGCUAUCAGGUGCGCAUCGAAAACGCCAACAAACUGCUUGUCGGUGACGCUCUUGAUGUCAUUGCUGAGUGCCUUAAACUAAGAAAUGGUCGUCAGAGUAUAGACUUGGUGUUUGACGAUGUCGAAAAAGAACUAUUGCGGGAACGCGAACUGAUCUUGGGUAUCAACGAUCAGCUUGAAGAUUUGCAAGAUAAGGUCGUUCUGCAGAUCAGAAAACUGAGAGCUUUCGUGUACAACUUGGCUGUGGAUUUGCGUUGUAAAAAAAAUGCGUUACAAAUUGAAGAGCACAACGAAAAUCUCAAUGAAAACACUGUCGAACUAUCAAUUUUGAACAACAAAAACAUUUUCAAACCUGCUACGAUUUCGACCACGGAAUGGGAUCGAUUCACUUUAGACAUUAUUUCGGCGGCCAAUAAAGUACUAGUGGACGGACGACCUAUUCGUGCGUUUUUUGACAAGUGUCUGAAUAAAAUGUUCAACGAUCUGGUAGGCCAAUCGGACGCAAUCAACUUGGCGUUUAGAUUGCGAGUGGAAGAAUACCUUGAAGUGAUUGAAAAAUUGAACAAACAAAGAGACGAAACGGUCAAAAACGUCGAAGAAGUAGAAGAAACAAUCGAAAAACUGAAAAACACCAUCGGUGACAGGGAGGCGUACCUGGCGCUGGCGCACACGCGGCUGUCGAACCGGACUCGCAGGGAGGGCGUCGAACUGUGCCGGGAUGAGCUGGAACUGAGACUGCACGAAGAGGUGGUCCAGCUGGAACACGACGUGCAAAGUCUACAAAAUAUGAUGGCCGAAUCUGUGGUGUGCCGGAGACGUCUCAAACAGUCCAUCGCCCGUAUUGGUGUGCAGCUGCAAGUCAAGCAGAAUUCGUUGCACAUCGAUAACGAGCUAUGCGCCAAGCAACGGAAACGCAUCAACUACCGAGCCUUUUGA